AUGAAUACUGAUGGAAACCAUUUGCUUCCCCUCACCAAUGCAAUCAAAUCUCUUCCUCAAAUUCGUAUCUUUCUUCCUUCUCAUCAGUCUCGUUUCACGCCGGAGACACUUCCCUCUUCAGGCACAGGCUCAAACGCGCUUUCGUCUCCGCCGAAAGAUCCGAUUUUGCUCGAAUUCGCGUUUGAGCUUGUCACCAAUGUCUCUCUGAUCCCGCGUUCGAUCCUCGCCUUCUCUCUCGUAUGA